AUGUUUGAUCCUCGUCUACAGGCCAAGAUUCUGAACGUGGUCGAUGUUUUUAAUCAGGCAAUUGAAUUGUCAGCUGAUAUCUUGUCGAAUGUGAAGUUCAUACAUGAGAAGAAGUUGAUUGGAAAAUACUUUGUGGAGAUCAGUCAGGAUAGUGGCAAGUAUGUUUUUGGUGUGGAUGACACACUUAAGGCUUUGGAGAUGGGAACUGUUGAGAUACUUAUUGUGUGGGAAAGUUUAGACAUCAACAGGUAUGUGCUAAAACAUAAGAGUACUGGUGAGAUCAUUGUGAAGCAUUUAAACAAGGAGCAGGAAAGCAAUCAGAGCAACUUUCGUGAUUCUGCGACCAAUGCAGAAUUAGAGGUUGGAAACAAGAUGUCACUAUUGGAAUGGUUUGCUAAUGAGUACAAGAGGUUUGGGUGUUCUCUUGAGUUUGUGACCAACAAAUCACAAGAAGGGUCACAGUUCUGCCGAGGGUUUGGAGGGAUUGGAGGCAUCCUCUGCUACCAUCUAGAUCUUUAUCCAAGGGGCUUCACAGGUCGACCACACCGAAGGAUAUGCCACAUUAAGCUGCUUCCUUUGGUUCAAGUUUGUUGGCACCCCUACUAG